AAAGAACUCAAAAAAACAAAAGAAAAAAAUUCCUGUAUUCUUAUAAAGACUACAUCAUUUAAAAGAUGCACCUGUAUUUGUAUCUUUGAAACAAAAUAUAUCAAGAUUGAAAUAUGACUUGGAAGAAAAAAACAAAAGCAAUUACUUCCUUGUGAUAAAAAGAUGUAGUUUUGAAAAUGGAAAUCAAUAUUAAUUGUGAUAUCAUAAACUUUGGGGAUGAACUGACUUUAUUUCUAUCUAUUAAAUGAAAUGACAACAGCAUUCUACAUUACUGGACAAACAUCAAAAAUCAUUUUGGAAAAUAACUUUCAAUCUUAUUUUUCUUGAAUAAUCUGAGAUGGAAAAUCAAACUGAAAUAAAAGAGUUCAUACUCUUGGGACUCUCAAAAGAUCCUCAUCUACAAGAUUUUCUUUUUGUCUUGUUUCUAAUAAUCUUUUUAAUAACAUUAUUGGGCAACAUGGUGAUUAUACUGGUGACCAGGAUUGAGUUUACCCUGCAGAUUCCCAUGUUCUUUUUUCUCAAACAUUUAGCUUUUGUUGACAUCUGCUAUUCAUCAGUUACUGUCCCAAAAUUGUUAGGAAACCUCAUAACAAAGAAGAAAACAAUUUCUUGGGAAGGAUGCAUUGCACAGAAUUUCUUCCUUUUUCAAACUGUUUGUGCAGAAGUAUUCAUCCUCUCAGCAAUGGCUUAUGAUCGAUAUGUUGCUAUAUGUGACCCACUACAUUAUACCAUAAAUAUGACAAAAGAAACCUGUAGACAGUUAGUGGGUGUGUCCUGGGGCAUGGGUUUCUUGUAUGGUAUGGUAAAUGCACUGCCUUUGUUAAAUCUGCAUUUUUGUAGUGACAAUACCAUCAGACAUUAUAGCUGUGAACUUCCUUCACUUUUGGCCUUGUCUUGUAAGAAGAAUCUCAUCAAUUAUAUUGUUCUUCUUAUCUCUAUUUUUAUAUUUGGUUUGAGUUCAUUUCUUUUCACCCUGGUGUCUUACAUAUACAUCAUUUCAGCCAUCCUGAAAAUUAAUUCAGCAGAAAGCAGACAAAAAGCAUUUUCUACCUGCAGUUCCCAUCUCAUUGUGGUGGGCUUAUUUUAUACUACAGGUUUUAUCCGCUAUACAAAGCCAAAUUUAGAAUCACUCAUGGAUUUGGACAAAGUGAUCUCUAUUCAGUAUAGCAUCUUAACACCAAUGUUGAAUCCCAUCAUAUAUAGUCUCAAAAACAAAGAGAUCAAAUCUGCUUUGGUGAAACUGUUUGGAAAAUAUAACCCCAUUUUUAACCCAUGAAAAAUCAUCUGUUGCAGUUUACUCUGAACACCAUAGCUCUUCUAGGUCUAACUAGGAGGAAAAUAUACAGAAUGAUUUCCAUAUCUCUCCAAAGUCCCCACUAACUAAGAUGGGAGGAUAAUUAUACUUGCAAUGUGAGAAUCCUUCUGGCCUUUAUUUGUGCCAGCUGAUAUAAAGCCAUAGAUCUCCACCAAAACAUUUGCUAUUUUUUAAUAUAGAUGCAGAUACACAGCUAUAUAACUCAGGAAUUUAAAUUAGUUUAAUUUGUUUCUUCUUUAAGAUUUUAACAAAAUAGUAAUCAUAAAAUGCUACUUAAAGAUUUUUCUACACUUUCUUCUUUUGCUAUAUAUCUGGAAAUAAAUAGGUUUGUGAAAAGAUAAGAUCUAUCUUGUGAAAAAAAUUGUGAAGAUUUGGUUAAUCUUGUUAAGAUUUCUAGACUGUUCUGCCAGUUGGAAUCUCUUUACUCUGAAUGAAAAAAGUAGUCUGCUUACAUGUUUUCCUCACACAAAAUCCCUGAAUGUUCUUUCUCCAAUAAA